AACUGUUUACUUUCUUCGUUGGCAGACAGAUCCUGAUAGAGCUCCUCGGUGUGAAUGAGCAGCUGGCAGCUGGUUUCUGCCUCCUCUGACAGACCGACAUGAAGCUGCUGGACGAGCGGAUCUGGUCGCUGUUUAAGCUUCACUGGCAGUGCACCAUCACCUACUGGAGCGUCUUCUUCAGCUUCGGUCUGUGCAUCGCCUUCCUGGGACCCACAGUCCUGGACCUGAGGUGUCAGACCCACUCCACCCUGGGACAGAUCACCUGGGUCUUCUUCUCUCAGCAGUUCUGCCUGCUGGUGGGCAGCAGCCUGGGAGGACUCUUCAAGAAAACACUCCUGUCCUCCCUGUUAGCCCUCUUCACCUGCACUCUCAUCAUCUCACUAGUGUUUGCCAUCAUACCGCUAUGUGACCACGUGGCACUGCUGUCUAUCGCCAUGGCGAUUGCUGGCUUAGCCAUGGGAGUGAUUGACACCAUUGCCAACCUCCAGCUGGUGAAGCUGUACCAGAGGGACUCCGCCAUCUUCCUGCAGGCCUUGCACUUCUUCAUAGGCCUGGGAGCACUGGUCAGUCCUCUGGUGGCUGAUCCUUUUCUGGCAGAGGACUCCUGUGUCCUGGGUGCCAACUGGACCGCCAACUCCUCCUCUUCCUCAGACCUAAAUCACCUCCGCAGCAGCCAGGCCGGGCAUGGAGCAACGAUACGCAACAUCUCCGAGUAUCCUCUGCACACCGAGGGUGUAGUCAUCACCAGGGUGUCGUACGCUUUCUGGAUCAUGGCUCUUAUCAAUCUCCCUGUGCCAGCAGCAGUGCUCGCUUUAAUGUACCACGAGAGACUGCUGCCUUGCUUCAGCAGCAGUCCACCUCUGCUCGACAGAGACUCCAACGCGAGCCCCACUGAGUACAGUGGUCAAGGUCAGGGGAGUGUGUUUGGUUGCUGUAACCCUGCCAAACUCCGGGGUCGCCCUGCUACUUUCUUCAUUCUCCACGCUCUGGGUGGGGCCAUCCUCUUCAUCGCUGAUGGGAUUAUAGGCUCCUACGCUGGCUUCGUCUACACCUACGCAGUGUCCCCUCCUCUGCUGAUGGGUCAUAAGACAGCUGGCUGUCUGAACAGUGUGUUCUGGGCCUCCAUCACUGUAGGAAGACUGGCUUUAAUCUACCUGUCCUACAGAUACACAGCACCCAGGCUGCUCACCUUCAGUCUGGUGGGGGUCAUCGUGGUGCAGUGCCUGUUGUUGAUCUUCUACACCAGUAGUGUGUUUCUCUUCAUUGGUACGUUUGUGUUGGGACUGUGCAUCAGCAGUGUGUUCCCGUCCAUGCUGGCAUUCACAGAGGACAUACUGGACUACAAAGGUUGUGCCACAACUGUCCUGGUGACCAGUGCCAGCACAGGAGAGAUGAUGCUGCAGCUGCUCGUUGGAUCGGUGAUCCACAGUCAGGGCAGUUACAGUUUCCUGUUGUGUUGUACGAUAUCAUCAUUCAUCGGCCUCUGCCUGUUCCUGCUGCUCCUCUGUGUCAAGCACAAACAUAUAAACUGCUGCACAGAUUCGUCUCAAAACACAGUCAUGAAAGAGAAACCAAUGACUGGAGCUUCGUGAUGUGAGGAGUCGAGGGGGAGACCACAGGACACACAUGACCGAGGGCUUCGCUGUGGACGAUGGAAAAGGAGCACGGGAAGAACAUUCCCACAUCUCACCCCAGUCUGGGAAUAGGAGCUUCAUCCCGUCCUCCUCCAAACCGAACACUUUGAACCCAAAGAGAUCUUCUUUCAAGCCCGAUGAUCAACGAGCAGCUCGAUGGACGACCACUACUUGACUUAAUAACCUACUACUCUCGCAGCUCAGUGUAACUCUGCUGCAGCGUGAUUCAAAAGCCACUUUAAUGAUGAAGUAUUGCCUUUUCAGUAUGAAUGUAAAUACAGGUUCGUACGCAGUAUGGAAUUUGAUUUUUCAUUUGAACAGAGACUAUGGAACAUUUAUGUUUCCAGAUUAUUCUGUUUUUAUAGAAUUUAAAAUGCAGAAUUUCUAAAAAUAAAUGUAUCAUACAAGCAGAGUGUUUUUCAUGGCGUUUAGAGCAGCCGUAAUGUUUACUACUGUGUGAGAGCGCGGAACAGAGCGAGCGUGAUGUCAAAAGCAAGGCAAGAAGUAGACUACGGCGUGAGACUGAACACACUCCUACGCAGAGUUGCCUUUACACCUGUAUGUCACAGCAAGGCCGACGCGUCCAUAUAGGCGAACUAGGCCUGGGGCGAAAUGUGGGACAACUAUAUUUACAUGUAGUACCUUUAAAUUAUGACUGGUAUUUAGCCGGUGUAAAGUUUCCCGGUGGCCGAACGGAGCCGUCAGACAUUAACAACACACGAUGUAAUGACAGGAUACAGAGACGUGAUUAGUUAGAGAUCUUUUAUUAUUGGUCUCACCCAUCUCUUCUCAUUCCGUUAUAUAAACACUUCCUCUACACCUCUCAAACAUCGAUACGCCACUUAAAACAAGCAGCUUGUAAACAUUUGAAAAAAAAGCGUCAAAACAAAUAGAAAACUGGACAGAACGAAGCGAGAACUGUGUGUCAUUUCUGUUUCAAAAGGAGAUUUUACAUUUCAAGGUUAAGUUGAAGGGAAAACAUCGUCAGAAGAUACAAAUGAAGAGAUAGAAGUCCUUCAAGACUUCAUGGAGGAAAGUUUCAAAUGGGCUUUGGGGUUAUUAUUCAGCUUU